AUGUCUCAAAAUAAAUUGACCGGCGCCAAAGUCGCCGAGCACAACUCCAAGGACUCAUGCUGGGUCAUCGUACACGGCAAGGCCUACGACGUCACUGAAUUCCUUCCCGAACAUCCCGGUGGCCAAAAAAUUAUCCUCAAGUAUGCUGGCAAAGAUGCGACCGAGGAAUUCGAUCCUAUUCAUCCGCCUGACACCUUGGACAAGUUCCUCGAUCAGUCUAAGCACCUCGGUGAGGUGGAUAUGAGCACUGUCGAGCAAAAGGAGAAAGUCUUUGACCCGGAGGAGGCCGAUCGCCAAGAGCGCAUCAAGCUGAUGCCACCGCUGGCAGCAUGCUACAACCUCAUGGACUUUGAGGCGGUCGCACGCCAAGUGAUGAAGAAGACAGCAUGGGCAUACUACUCCAGCGGUGCCGAUGAUGAAAUCACUAUGCGUGAAAACCACGCAGCCUUCCACAAAAUCUGGUUCCGUCCUCGCGUUCUCGUCGACGUCGAACAUGUCGACAUGUCUACCACCAUGCUAGGCAGCAAAACCUCCAUCCCAUUCUACGUGACAGCUACCGCACUCGGUAAACUCGGACACCCAGAAGGCGAAGUCGUUCUGACCCGCGCCGCCAAGCAACACGAUGUAAUCCAAAUGAUCCCUACACUAGCCUCAUGCUCCUUCGACGAGAUCAUCGACGCCAAGCAGGGUGACCAGGUGCAGUGGCUGCAAUUAUACGUGAACAAGGACCGUGCUAUUACGAAGAAGAUUGUCGAGCAUGCCGAGAAGCGCGGAUGCAAGGGAUUAUUCAUUACCGUCGAUGCCCCGCAGCUUGGUCGUCGUGAGAAGGAUAUGCGAUCCAAGUUCUCGGAUGCGGGCUCGGAUGUUCAAUCUGGUGAUAGUAAUGUGGAUCGAUCGCAGGGUGCGGCACGCGCUAUCUCUAGCUUUAUUGAUCCUGCGCUAUCUUGGAAGGAUAUUCCUUGGUUCCGGUCAAUCACGAAGAUGCCUAUUGUGUUGAAGGGUGUGCAAUGUGUUGAGGAUGUGCUUCGUGCUGUGGAAGCCGGUGUUGAGGGUGUGGUUUUGUCUAACCAUGGUGGACGCCAGCUUGAGACUGCGCGGUCGGGAAUUGAGGUCUUGGCAGAGGUGAUGCCUGCGCUCCGGGAACGAGGCUGGGAGAAGCGCAUUGAGGUUUACGUUGAUGGAGGUGUGCGUCGUGCCACUGAUAUCCUGAAAGCCUUGUGUCUCGGUGCCAAGGGUGUGGGUAUUGGUCGGCCCUUCCUGUAUGCCAUGUCUUCGUAUGGACAGGAUGGUGUGGACCGAGCGAUGCAAUUGCUGAAGGAUGAGAUGGAGAUGAAUAUGCGGUUGAUUGGUGCAAACCGUAUUGAGGACUUGAGCCCGAGCUACUUGGAUACUCGUAGCUUGUUGAGCGGACACUAUGGUGUGAUUCCUUCGGAUACUCUGGGCUUGCGAGCUUAUGACCCGCUUGAGGCUCCGCGAUUCAAUGAGAAGUCCAAGCUGUAA